AUUUCAUCUUCAAAACAAAAAAUCGUUCCUUCCAUCUCUCAAAAAAGAAAAAAAAACAGUCCUUCCUCUGCUGCUAUCUUUCUUCCUUCUUCCACAAAUUUUGGUUUUGGUCUUCAUUGCUCGGUGUGAUCAAAAUGAUUCAGAUCGAUUGAAGCAAUGAAAGGAUUGAAGCUAUGAAAGGUGCGAAUUCGCCGUCAUCUUUAACAACUUCGUCAUCUAAAUGGUUUUAUGGAGUCUCCAAUCACGCUCCAAGUUCACCUGCGUAUUCGUCAAUGCGUAGGAAGCCGUAACAGUUAUAUCUAGAGGUUGUGUCAUUGGAUUCUCAUAAAACUAAAUAAAAUGUAACUGUGACGGUUCGAUUUUGGUCUUUCAAAUCUACUUCACACAUUUAGCUAUUUGCCGCGGGAUCUUAAUUUCAUCGAUCAUACCAGUGACAUUGGAUGGAAAGAUCAUCAACGUGCAAGGCCUAUAAUUGCUGAUCCGGGGUUGGACAUGAAUAAGAAGCAAGAUGUGUUUUGGAUUACACAGGAGAAGUAGACCAGCUGCUUUCAAGUUUUUCACAGCAGGCCACUCCUCAUCGGAAAUCAGAAAGAGCGUACAAAAUGCACCUUCUGUGUGCCAAUUUGAUGCAGGACGUUCUCCAACGAGUCUUAAUAAUUUGGUAAUUCAGCUUAGGAAAGUUUGUAACCAUCCUGACCUCUUAGAAUCAGUCUUUGAUGGUUCAUAUUUUUAUCCUCCUGUGAAUGAGAUAAUUGGAAAAUGUGGAAAAUUUCAAUUGGUCGACCGAUUGCUGGAGCGGCUAUUUGCACGGAAUCACAAGGUAUGCUUUAGAGUUCUGUGCUUGUGCCUUUCUGCUUCCUUUUUGUGGCCAAGCUGCUACUCAUCUGCACCUGCCUUUGCUAAUUUAAAUUAUCCACCAGUGAUCCUUUGCCUGAUUUGGGUGUAGUCCUUUGAAGAAUAAGCUUCAAAUUCAUUCCCAUCUUGAGUGUACAAAUUCUGCAGGCAUGGCUGUUGUUUUGUCUUGUAGCGUAGACAGAAAACAGAGUAGUGGAGGUAGUGGUUGUACACUUGUACUUUGUCAACUCUAUUAACGAGAGACAAAUGCUCAGUGCUAUCCAUAUAUCCGUUGAUACCUCCCUUUCAAUUCUUCGUUCUUCUUGGAUAAGACUGAAUUGAGAGUUAGCUACUUUGAAUCUUCAGUUUGAUUAAAGGAUCAAACGUAGCUUCUGGUGAAGAUAUUGCUUCUGAUGACGUCAUCACUUCAGAAGCACUUCAGCUUCAGGAGCAGUUUUCUUUAGAUGCUCAGAAUUUCUUUUUCUUUCCAUUGUUCUUCCAAGACCUAUUGAAAUAACUUGAGUAGCCUUUGGUCCUGUACACUUGAACAAUUAUUAGUAAUAACCAAUUGACAAUUUUUAA